AUGCUCUUCUCAACAGCCGUCUCCCGCCCGCUCCAGCUGGCAACCCGCACACUGCAGUGGUCCAGCGCAGUCAUUGUGAUGGGCCUGACCUCAUUCUUCAUCAGCCGCGGACCCCACGGACAGCACAUUAUCUACCAGGAAGUCAUCGCCGUCCUCUCCGUCGUCUUCUUCCUCCCGGCCUUCAUUUCCCCCUUCCUCCCAACAGCACUGAGCAAAUUCGUGCUCCUAAUCGACGUCAUCUUCUCCUACCUCUGGCUAACCGCUUUUAUCUUUGCGGCCCAAGACUACAACCAACACUCGUGCUACUUCAACUCUCCACCCGGUGUAACGUGCGGCCGGAAGAAAGCCAACGAGUCCUUCAUCUUCCUCGCCUUCAUCUUCACCUUCUUCGGCAUGUUCCUCGAAGUCGCCGCCCUCUGGGCCUACCGGAAGGAGAAACGCUCGACCCCCGCCGUCGAGAAGAACGGCGGUGCCCGCCCUCCCCUCGAUGCCCCGGUAGAUCCUGCUGCGCCUGCUACAGCUGUUUAA